AUGGACGAGGACGACGAUGGUGAUGAUGACAGGAAAUGUAGUGCGGCAUCGUUGGAUGUGCUUUCCAGUAUAUUCAAUAACGACUUCUUACCAACAUUACUGCCAAUACUCAAGGAGACUCUUUUUCACAGUAAUUGGCUGGUAGGCGAUUUUUCUUUAUCGAAUUUUCCAGUGAUUACGAUUCAUGAUUAUUCGCUAGUGAAAGAAAGCGGAAUCCUAGCUUUAGGUGCUGUUGCUGAAGGUUGCAUGGCCGGCAUUACUCCACAUUUACCAGAACUUAUACCAUUCUUGAUUGCAUCACUGCAGGAUCGAAAGGCACUUGUGAGGUCAAUAACGUGCUGGACCUUGUCUCGGUAUUGCCAUUUUGUUGUUCAGCAGGACCACAACCUGUAUUUCAAACAGCUUCUGAAAGAGUUGUUGGCACGCGUGUUGGAUGGCAACAAACGAGUGCAGGAGGCGGCCUGCUCAGCUUUUGCAACACUGGAAGAGGAAGCAAAUGUGGAACUGGUCCCAUAUUUACCGGAAAUUCUUGCAACUUUGGUGGAAGCUUUCGACAGAUACCAGGCAAAAAAUCUGCUCAUUCUUUACGAUGCAGUGGGUACACUGGCCGAUAGCGUUGGUCCCAAUUUGAAUGAACCGCAUUACGUCGAGGUUGUUUUGCUUUCCACAAAAAUCUCCAUGGCUUGCUUGUUGUUGAGCAGCAGUCAAGCAGAGUGUGCGUUCGUUUCAGACAAUAAUGAGACCAUUGAUGGCGAAGUGGGCAUCUCUUGGUGA